AUGAAAUCUAGCUUUAAGAGACGUUCAGCUUUUAGUAUUUAUCAAUCUCAACUUAAAAAGGAAGAUGAAGAUUCACAGAAGGAGCAGGAGAAAGUCGUUAAGACCCCUGGAUCGAAGAAGAGGCGACACGAGGAAAAUUCAACAAGUCGUGCGUCGAUUAAAAAAGUGAGCAAACUCGAUCGUGCUAGCAGCAAAAGUUUAAACGGUGAGGCUGGCGAUGAUGAAAGCUUCGAUCACGAGGAACACACUCCCGAAAUGGCGGAAUCCAAGCAAAGAGGAAAAGGAACGUUGUUAAGCAAAGCGAAUAAACUGCGACAGAGCCUGACUUUAUCAAGUCGAAAGAAGAAAAUCAAGAGAAAUGGAUAUCAGAGCUACGACCGUGGACUGGAGAAGUCUACCAGUAACAUAACGGUGCACAGUCUACCAGAGAAGGCGGAUUGUAAAUCGGACAGUGAAUUAUUGCACAGUGAAGUAGAACAGGAUGAUCGAGUUAAACUGGACCAGGACGAGACUGAAGCUGAUAAGCUUUUUUCUUGGUUAAUAAGCCCAGUGAAACCUAAGAAAUUUUUCAGGUACCGGUUGCAUAUUGGUUACAUAUAAUUUCAUCUUUACCCUAGCCUGCAUGAUAGGUACUUUAUUAGCCAAUUGAGGAAACUGGGGCAUUCCCGCAAAGCGUGAGACAAGGCAGCCUCCUCAAAAAGAUUUUGUGGAGUAGGCUUAUGGAAUUUGGAGGAGUAGGUGGGGGUGAGCACCCCAAAGGGGGUCUGGGGGCAUGCUCUGGAAAGAGACGGUCGAGAUUUGAAAGGAGGUAGCUUGAUGAGCCGUCAACCAGCCGGUUUUAAGAAAGCUGCAAGGGGAGGACUUGUCUUGUGCUUCAUGUGAAAUACCCCAGACAAGGAAGGACUCAUCUCGCACUUCAUACCGUCUCAUGCUUUGAACGAAAUGCCCCAUUCACCUUGCUUGGGUCAUAAAGUGCCUGUGUUGCAAGCUAUUUUUAUCCCAUUCAUGUUUAUAGUGAAAGUCCUUAAUUUAAGGUGAUUUUGUAAAUGGAGGGAUGGGAGACACUUGGCCUGGGCAUACAGUGUACAGUGUAUGUGUGCCAGUGAGGGUGUGAAAUGCUACCUAAAUUACUAACCUUAUUAACAGUAAUAACCUCAGCCUUAAUGAUGGUGGACAAAAUAUAUGCUUUGCUAUUUCGUUACAAAAUUUAACACCCUUGGAGAAUAAGCAUGUCUAAAAUUGAAUAAGAUGUUAAGAAUAUAGAGGCCAAAAAACCAUGUGAUGUCCAAUGGUAAAUCCCGAAGGAAACUAAAUAAGUGUCCCUUCCACCAAUAGAGGGACAGGUGCCUUAGAGGUUAUUGCUUUGGAGUUCAGAUCUGAAGUUCAAGGUUCAAGUCAUAGCUGUCUGUAUGACUGAAUUAUUUCCUUAGACAAAAAAAAAACCUGUCUCACCUCACCCAACUGUAUUUAACAAUAAUAUUAUUUUUCCUCGAGCCUGAAAACCAUGAGGCUAAAGGCUGAAUGGGCUAUUGACUCAGAGGCCAAGAGGGCAAGAGGUUGUUCAAAAAUAUCGAGACAAAACAACUUAAGCUGGUAAAACAUGAUUCAGCCACCACUGUUUUGGUUUUCAGAGCUGUCGCUUUUCGCUACUAGUGGGCUAUAACAAUUAUAGCCUGGUAGCAGCUCAACCAAUCAGAAUGCAGCAUUAAUAAUAGACCACUAGUUGGAUUUUACUAAAUAGGGAUACCAGCUACAUUGUGGUGUUUUUAACCUGGAAAUUUCUUGUUGGAGGAUCCCACUGAGUUGGAAUUAAAUAUUUAACACUGAGGACUGGGAUUUAGUGCACCAAACCCUUUCGGCCAACCACUCCAGAACAAUGUUUGAUAUGUGUGAACAACUUGUUCCUGUUCCGGGCUAUGCUGUUUAAAAAAUACCGUAAAAUUCCGAAAAUAAGCCCCUCCAUGUAUCCUCCAAAUAUAAGCCCCCCGGGGGCUUGUACUUGGAAAAUUGCCCCCAAAUACAAAGUAAAACAAAGAAAAAACGGUAAAUUUACUUCCAACUAUAAGGCUAGCCCUAUCGAUUUUGAAACGCAAACUUCCCUCCGUAGAUUAGCCCCUCCGAAUAUAAGCCCCUCCAAAAAUAAGCCCCUCAAAAAGGGCCUUUGAAAAAUAUAAGCCUCGGGGCUUAUUUUCGGAAUUUUAUGGUAAUACUGUACUGGGCAACUUUUUGUGUCAUUAUGAAUUUAGCUUUCCAGUAUAUUGUAAACAUAGCCUAAGAAUUUUUUUUUUUCUAUGUGAAUCAGUUAAAUCUUCUCUAUCAUUUUUUUUAGUGAUUUAUGGGAACAAAAGCCUCUGUUAAUAAAGAGACACCAGACAGAGUUUAAUGAGGGAUGGUUCAGUACUAAAGAGCUGGAUGAUAUUCUAAGACAGGUAACAACAAGACUAAUAAUAAUAACAUACAGUAAUUUUAAAAAAGUGAAAUAUAUGGUCCCAAAGGUGACAUUCUGUAAACUGCUGCUUACAUAGCCCUGGGCUUGUACAUCUUCGCAAGGGUUUUUAAACAGAGGGCUUAUAUCAGAGGGGCUUACAAUGGGAAUAGAAAAGGCAUUUACUUGUUUUUAAGUAACCUGCAUAACAGGUGCUUUAUGGGUCAAGUGACGCGAACAUGGCAUUUCAUGCAAAGGGUGAGAUGAGCGUGAAGCUUCAGAAUGUCAUAAUAAAUCAAAUUCAGGGGGAGCGGGUAUAAUCGGAUGCAGUUUUUCAUUUACAACCAGGUAGAUAGGCUUAUAACUGGGGUAUGCUUAUAUAUAAAGGGGAGUGGGCUUAUAAGUGUUAGUUUGCAGACGAGUAUAACUUUUGAGAGAGUUGGGAUUUUAAGAGCGAUAAUAUGGCACUGGUGUUAAAAAAGAUAAGGCUUUGUUGGAUUAGGUAAUUCAAAGGAGCACAGUACAGCAAAACAACAUAAAAGGCAGCAUAGUUACACUGUGGCCACUAUGUUCUACACGGUAGUAAAAGUUUCAAGUCAUUUCUUGGAAGGGAAUAGUAGAAAAUUAAUAUUGAUACAGACAGUCACAAGUCAAUAACAUUUGUGGGUAGAAGCAUUUAGUGUCUGUCAGUGACAUGUCAUCUAGAACUUCACCCUUUGGUUAUAUUACUAUACGCUGUCCCUGGUAUAAUGGAAAUGGAAGGCGGAAGAACUUUUCUCAUUUCAGCCACAAAACUUUGGAACUUAUUAGCUGCUCAUAUUAGAUUUAGCGCUAGCAUAAGGUUAUGCUGGCUUAAAUGGUUUUCCUGUUUCAUAACUUUUAUUUAUUUAUUUAAUAAUCUUUUUUCUAUAAAUCUUUAUUUAUUUAUGUUUGUUCUAUUUUUUAUCUUAUUUUUUUAAUUUAUUUCCAUUUGAUUUCCUUUAGUAUACAAAACAGUAUUAUAAUUAAAAUUAGAAAAUUAGUUUCUAUUGUAAUUUAGGGUAGAGCCCAAUAAGGUUUGCCAGUAUUCUACUAAACGUUUUACCCUUAUUUAAAUAAAACUAUCAUUAUUAUUAUUAUAAGUGUUAUUAUUAGUAUUAGUAUGAUGUACAAAUUUUGUUUUGGUUCAAUUAUUUUUCCUUGGUUUGAUGUUUAUUUUUGUUUGUUUUUGGCAUGGCAAUAUUUAACAGUGAUCAGUGCCAAGGAAGGAAAGAAGACAGGGAUAUAAAAAAAUAUACAAUAAAUUGAACCACAACAUACACUGUUACUUGCUGACAUUGGCUAUUAAGUGAUGCUAAAAUUUGAAAUUGUCAUGAUUGUGAGACACAGUCUUUACAAAUGCAGUUUUUGUACCUUGCAGUAAAAUUAUGAUGUCAUAUGUGUUUUUUUUGUAAAUAGUAGAAGGUUAGCUAUUUCUGAAACAUUUUGCAGUGCAAUGUUGUCUUUUUUCUAAUGUUUUGUGUUGGUACCUCCUUUAUUUUUCUUUAUUGUUUUAUAGCACAGAGUUCAGUUCUCAGUCAACUUAGAUGUUACUUCCUAUAAAAAUGGAGUCAGAGAGACCCAUAAUCCUAAAGGAAGAGCUCUUGCUCCUGUUGUUUGGGACUUUUAUGAGGUUUGUUAACAUCGAUAGUACUACAAUAAUGUAGCAUAUGUACGCCACUUAUAACUGUCCAUGUAGGAGUGAUCUUACUGAGGUGUCCAUCUUGUAGAGAUGUCUGUUAACAGAGAUUCGAGUGUACAACCUUUCUGUCAUUGACAUCGAAGGAGUUUGAUUUUUCAGAGGAGGGUGGCAAGAAGGGCAGGUGGAUGGGUCUCCUAGUUCAAAAUAUCAAAGUUGAGAGGGUAGUGUUGGGGUGUGGGGUGACUUUUUUCAACAAUCUUUCGACAGGGCAGAUCGGAAACUAACCUUUUUAAAUUAACUAUUGUUUUCAUCAGAUGAAUAUGUCAGAUUUUAGUUUGACUAAAUUUCCUGCUUGGUUUUAGAAUGGCUGUUCUGUAAGACUUCUAAACCCACAAGCAUUUUCUCAUUCAGUUUGGAAGUUGACUUCACUUUUACAAGAAUACUUUGGUUGCUUGGUUGGUGCAAAUGUGUAAGGAUGUCUUUCAACAUGUUACUUUUUUUGUGUGUUGUGUUUAAAUAUAUUAUAAAUUUCAACUCCAAAACUUUUGCCUUUGGAUCAAUGUAUAGUAGCUAGUGUGAAUCAUAAUCUUAAAUUUUAAUUGUGCCUGAAUGAAAUUUAGGCUAAGUUAAACUCAGGACAUGGCUAGCCAGCAGUCUCUCAUCAAAGGUAUAAUUAUGUGGAGGCGUCCUGAUCAUGUCACUGGGGCUCAUGGCUCUUUUUACAGCCAUUCUCUUGAGGUUAGGCCAUUACAUUUGCACGUAGUUGCUCGUGAUUUCCAAGUGUUUUUACUGUUCCCUACCCUUCCCUCCCUAUGAAGGUAAGUAUGUCAGGUUGCACUGGUUAGCAGUGUGAUGGUGCCUGGAUCAUAAUGGUUGCCACUCCCAGGGCUGUAAAGGUUACACAUUUCACUUGGCUGCAGUUUGGGGCUCCACCAACCUCACAGGCACUUCUCCCCAUACUUAUCUCUGUUGAUCAAUUUUUUAAAGUUCAAAUGAUCUAUUAUUUCUCUCUCCAGUUACCUAACUCCACCAGGUUCUCAAGGUUUUGCACCACAUUAUGAUGACAUUGAAGCUUUUGUCGUACAGCUGGAGGGCAGAAAACACUGGAGGCUCUAUAACCCCAGGUUAUAAUAAUUUUAAAACAAAAUAAUUAUUAUUUGAUGAGGCUGAGUCUGCAAAAUACUUCAGAUCAUGUGAAAGUUGAAUCCAAUAAUAAAUUAUUGUUGCAUUAUUUAUGCAUAAUUCUUACUUUAAACAUGCUUACUAAAGGUAUGAUUGAUGUUAAGUUUCCAUUUUCAUUGUCUGUUCCUCAGGAUAUAACAGGAUGCAUGUUUACUCUGGCAGAUAUUAUUUAACAGUUAUCAUCUUUUGAGUUGUAUUUUUGCUGUUUUGGUAUGGUUUUUUUGGCUAUUUUUAUUUUCUUCUACACAAAGCAUGUGGGAUUUUUUCACCAUUUUCUACCAAGACAACAGAGCUAAUACCACCUCGUACUUAUCAGGGUUUCUCUGUUGCCACCCCUUUUUUGGCGAUGGUCUGUACUAGUGAUACCUUUGUAAUAAAUGUUAUGAACCGAGUCCAAUUUAGAAGGAUUUGUAUGGAGUCAUUGGAGCAUAACUGAGCGAAUGUCUCAGAGACAAUUUGUUCAGAAUGCUAGUUAGGCCUUUUGGAUGUUGUUCUUUCAUAAUAUCCCAGCAAAUCCCAUAAUUUCACAAAUUCAAUUUUUUAUGAUGUCACACUCAAGGUUUGUUUUUGUUGUUAUUCAGAAACGAUACAGAAGCCUUACCUAGAUAUUCCAGUGGUAGGUAGUUUGAUAUUGUGUUUGAAAUAUGAUAUCAUUAUUUUAUGAAUUUAAAGUUUUAUUGAUAACUGAAAUUUCCUGAGGUACUGGUUUAUAGAAGAGCUCCACACGUGCUCCCCAUAGCUAAGACAAUUUGUUUAUCUGUCCAUCCGGGAAAUUCUCUUGGUAGUAAUGUGGCCAUACAUCUGUCUGUCUGUCCACAUCAAAGGUCACACAAUGUGAUGAAAUGGCACACUAUCAAUCUGGCUGGUAUGGGAUGCAACCUGAUACUGCACAUACAUGUUAUGGUCAAUUGACAACUGUCAAAACAGGGUAUCCGCUGAACAGUAUCACAUGACCAUAUUGCCGGCUCAGUGUUGACCCAUCGUAGUUAAGUAUUUCUUUGGAGUUUUCCGUUGACAAGUUACUACUUUUUAACUGAUCGCAGGCUCAAGUCCAAUUUUUUUCAACAGAAAAGUUAGAAUUAAGUUAAAAUACAUGCUUUUUGUUUGAAAUAGAUUAUGAAUUUUUUAACAGGAGCGUCGCUUUUAGCCUCACCUAAGUCUUUACAUUUAAUAGUAGACGUCAGUCACUGUCAACAACAACAGUCCUAUUCAGGACUACAUUCACCCAGACGAUCAAACUCAACCUACUUUUGAAAUGACUCCUGGGUUCAAACCUUUCACAGUCUUUAUAUUUAAUUUAUUAACUUGUUCAUUUUGUCAGGUAAUUUCAGCCAGGAGGAAAUUGGAGAACCCAUUCUUGAUACAGAGUUGGCUGCUGGAGAUGUCUUGUAUUUUCCAAGAGGAACAAUUCAUCAGGUUGGUUUUGUUAUCUUCUGCUGAGGCUUUUAGGGGGCUACUUGGUAAACCAAAGAGCAAGGUUUAUUGAAAGAAUAAUACUGUAAUGUUCAAAGAGGGUAGAUCUUGAGCUGUCAAGAAAUACAUUUCGAAGAAACAUGUAGCUUUUACUGUGUCUUUAUCGUUAGAUAGAAUUUAAGUAGUUGUGACACGAAAUUUAACAACGCUCAGACGCUAGGAACUGCCACUAAAUCGAAUGAAACUUAAAAAUAACCGCUCAAAACAUCAAAAGAAGGUAUAAAUAACUGUGGCAGCAAAUACAAAAGAAGGCACGGAUUUCAUUAUUAUCAAAUACUUUUUCAAAAAAAAUCCGAAGCUACUUACAUUUUUGGGCUCAACUCAGUUCACAUUCCUGAGAAACCUUGAGGACCACAGAUGCGUCACUCGCCUGUUAUUUUUUUUCUUCAAGCAGUAUUGUUUUUGGCGAUCUGUCUGUUUCAUUCCUUCUGUUUUAUUUUCUUUAUUUAGGCUGACACUCCAAGUGAUACCCAUUCCCUGCACAUCACUCUGUCAACUUAUCAAAAAAACGCUUGGGUUGAUUUCAUGGAAAAGGUCUGUACUUUAAUCAGUAAACGCUUUCACUCCCAAUGAGUAGUCAAAGUCAAAAUGUCCUAACUUACAUUUUGUUAAACGCUGAAAUACAAAUGGUACCAUGUGAAAAUUCUACUGAAGAGGUCUCAUAUUAGAGAGCUUUAUAUAAGACGAGGACCUACGACGAGAACGAGAUUUUCUCAACACUAAGUAGUGUGCGCGCUUGAACCAAAGUCACGUUGGCGAGAACAUGUGGUAGCCGUCGUCAUUCUACUACGAGUUUUAGCGAGAAUAUCGUAGUGGCGAAAACAAGCUACCAAAUGUUAGGAAUCUCAUCAUUUAGCGAUCGGGAGAGGGCUUAACCUCCUUCAACGGAAAUAUAAGCGUACAAACAUUUGUGGUGCUUUCCGUGGUGUCUCUGAUUUUCGUUCUCGUCCUCGAAUCUGAAGCUCUCUAUUAAUCGUCACACGACAGGAUUUUGUCCUCAGACUCAAAAGUUAAAACCACCCUACUAGCCGAGAGGGACUUCUUCAUUCACUAUGGGAUUGAAAGGUUAAAGGUUUUCUAAAAAUCCGUUUUGUAACUGAAUUAUUGUAAAGCGCGUCGCAUUAAAAGUCAGAAUUGCUCAGUAGGCCUUGAGCUAAGAGUAAUACUCGCCAAAUAAAAGUGCGUUCGACCUCUGCGUCAGCAGCUGUAGACUUGGCACAGGUCGACCUCACGAGUUUCUGCCAUAUUAAAUCGGACGAAGAUCGAUUGAAAGUCUACAGCAGCUGCUUUUACAAAAAAUUAUGCUUUUGCCGUUAGUAUAUAUAUGGUAAAGAACCUCGAUGUAAUGAAACCUCGUUAUAGCAAAGACAUUUUGCCAGUCCCUUGUCCUUCGUUAUAUCAAGGUUCCUCUGUAUUUUGUCUCGUUUUCAUUCACAGUUCUUUCACGUAUCAACUGCUUCUAGUGCAUCGAGUAACACUUUAUAUAUUUCUCAAGAGUUUCCACUGUAUUACUAUUAGUUGGGUAAAGAAUGUCGUUCGUUAUACCAAGGACGUCGUUAUAUAGAGGUGCGUUAUAUGUAGGUUCUUCUGUAUGACGUUAGUGGUCUGCAAAGGUUUGCCGCAUUAAGAGGCCCUGCGCCUAAGAAACGACCGAUGAUUUCCGGCUAAAAAACAAAAUCGGCCGAUUUUUAUCUCCCAAGUAGAGGUUACCGAAUACUAUUCAAAAAUGAAUUUCUUUUGUUUCAGUUUCGCUUUAAACCAAAAAUAUUGAGCCGCAAACUUUUUCCGUCUGAUAGCAGCAAAAUCAGGCCUAAAAUAAGCCCUCGCAAAAGACGGUUCAGAAAUCCCUAUCGCAACGCAAAAUAACGAGAAAGCCACACAGUGAUGAAGAAAAAGGCCUUUUAAUGCAAUAUCAUUCGAUAAACAUCGAAAAACUGCCGAAGGGAAUGAAAAAUAAAUUUUCAAAUAUUGCAUAUUAAAUUAGAUGGAGCGUUGGAGCUGAUUUUAAAAUAAUAAUUUCUCAAAAGUCCAACGCUGCUGAAAGCAAUCACAGUGAUGAAUCAGACAUUGGAGGGAUAUAGAUCACGUUUACGGAAAAACAUUUUUCGGCCAAAGUAUACUGACGUUGUAAAAACCGUUCAAAGUUACCGUAUUUACCGUUAAGUUGCCACUUCGGCGAAACACUUCUCUGUUGCCAAUAUGGCCAAGGAUAGCGUGGUAAACGCCACUUUAAGCCUUGCUAAGCGCUCAAAACCAUCCUAAAUAGAAGUAGAUAGAAUUAAAAGAGAAAGGAAAAUGAAAGAUUCGCAGAAAAAGAGAAUAACUCGAAGUUACCAUCUGCUAGGGAGAGUUGAAUCUUGGAAAUGUUGUCGCGUGACAGCGUUCAUUUGUCCGAACUGCAGCAGGAUCCAAACAAAUACGUGAAUAUAAGUUUAAAAAAACAAUCUUUCUAUCACCAGAAAUCGUGAAGUGAAACAGUUUUAUGUUAUUCCUAUUAAUGAUGAUGAAUUCAGCCUCAGCUAGUCUCCAAGUACUUUGAAUGUUGGCUGCUUGUGGCUGCUUGUAUUUCGUUACAUACAUUCCAACGGACGUUACGGGUCAGCGCGUGUAGGGGUCAGCGGACCGGAGGAAAUGUGACGAAGUUGGAGAGCAACGCCGUGCUAGAGGGGACAUUGGUAGGUACCCAAUACCGCAAUACCGUAAGAAAAAUUGGCAUAUACCGAAAUACUGUGUCAAAAAUCGACGAAAUACCGAUACCGCAUUUAUUUUCGGUCAUGCUUACUUAAAGUUGUAUCCAUCUCGCGUGUUUGUUUAUUCCAAGCAUUUAUGCACCAGCAAUCAACCUCAGCCAUUGCGAGGAAACGUGAGACGACCUCGAGUUGAUCGGUAAAACGAUCGAAAAAGAUUCCCUAUCAAUUUCAUCAUAGAUUAUCUGUCAGAAAUUGUGUGCUGGUAAUCAUUUACAUUAAUCUAAAGUCUUAAAAAUACUGACGUGCAUUAAACUAGCCUGCACAGCAGGCGCUUGGAAGUAGUGGGCGCGCGAGAGAACGGGCGCGCGCGCGCGAGGGAGACAAGCUACGCAGGCUACCGCAAUACCGUGAAGGAUCUUCUUUUACCGAAUACCGUUAACCAAAAGGAUGAAAUACCGCAUACCGCAGUGCUAAAUGAUACCGCAAUACUCCACUUCAAAAUGCAAAUUACCGAAAUACCGCUUGAAUAAAAGCUCAAUACCGUAAGCCCCCAUUUCCCCCUCCAUGCUGUUGAAGAGAUGAUAGAAAAUUUGGGCUUAAAACAUCCAAUUAUAUUUGAUGUUUACAAUCUUUGUCAAUAUUAUCACAGCAACAAACUUUCAUCUUUCAAUGUUGGUGUUGAAGGACAUGUGAGGGUAUUUCGAAACAAAUCUACAGAUCUAAAAAGAGACCUUUUAGCCAAGGUUUCAGUAUAAAGGAAUGUGACUGAGUGCAGCAAAAAAUAAUUUCAUACAGUAACUUUCCAGCGCAAGAGUUUGAGUGCAUGGUAUGCUGUCCAAUGUUAUGUGACAAGUUGUGCGUAGUGCAUUGGUUAUUAUCUAAAUAUCAUAAAUAUUUUUGUGGAAACAAAUUAUGAAGCAUAUUAUAAAAUGAAGUUGCAAAAUGAGUGAGGCACUUUCAUCGAUUUAAAAGUCCUACCGGUCUCCUAGCUUUUUUUAUGAUGUCCUCCCCAAUAUUUGGGUGACUCUAUUCGGCGGAAUGGCGGGAUACAUGGAUUCAGUUGUAAAAUAUGCAACAAACGUAAUACUCUAAAACACGGAAUUUACAGAACAUUCUGUAUUUGAUUUGAACUGGACUGACGAAAAAGCAGAGGCAAAGAAUACUCUGUUGUUUUGAAAUAUUAAAAAUUCAAUUUUCGUACUGCCGUAAGCCACACUAUAGACCUUACGACGGUUUUGAAAGCCAUCUUGACGGGUAAUUUUCAUAAAACGGCUGUUGACAGGAUUGUACUAACAAUUAAUGGGGGCCGCACCUGUGCCUAAAUUUGUCCGUUCGCUUGCUUUAGAUUUUCCAGACAUUUGUCCGCAAUUUUUCCUGGGAAAUUUUAUUCGGCAGAAGGAAAAAAAUUACACUCAACACUGUAUAUUUUCAGGUGGUUGCUUACCCGUCAAUACGGCCUCCAAAACCGUGAUUCGAUUUAGCGCCCUCCUUCCAAUGUGUUUCGUUAAUAAGCGCCCCCAUUCUAAUAUUAUGGAAGAGUACGGGUGCGUAUCAAUCGAGGUUCAUCUCCAUUUAAUAGCUCACACACGAACGGUAUUUCCACAUUAUAAAAACAGUGGUCUUAUAUCCAUGUGAGUGCAUAAAUUCUUCAAAGGAAUGAUCUCUUCUUCAAAUUUUGUGGAGAUUGCUCGGCUGGUCGUUCUGGCGAGGAAGGAUCCAGGGACAACAAGUCCGUUUUCCAGUGUCCUUGAUCCAUUACCUUAAUCGACUUGCACUUUGUUCUCACUGCGAGCUUUUUUAAGAAAGGUGAAGAUAAGGAAGAAAAGUCCCGUCGACAAAGUGCCCAACAAGUUUCAAGGUAAGUCCCUCACGUUAACUGCGCAUUCAUCGUCAGUAUUUGUUACUGCUACAGUUUCAAAUAUUGUUCGUUUUUAAUUAAAUAUCAAAGUUCUUUUUUAACAUUUGGCUGUUUCUCAAAAAAGAAAUAAGCGCCCUGUCCCGAAUAAGCGUCCUCCCGGCUAGAGGCACCAAAAGUAAAUAAGGGCCUAGGCGCUAAAUCGAAUCAUUACGGUAAGUCAAUUCUUUUACUUGUCACACGCUUAAAACAUGGUUCGAGUUAAUGAGGGUAAAAUUAUAUAGAAAUGAUCUGAAGAGAAACAAAAAUUAGUAUUACUUCGAGUUAGCACGAGGCUCGAGUCAGUAGCGAGGGUUCGAGUUAUUGGAGUCGACUGUACACAUGUUUACCUUUUUUAAACGAAAAUUUUCUCUUAUUCUGCGCUUUAGAGUACUCCGUAUAUUCCGUAUUUUAGAAUAUUCCGUGUAUUCCAUCAUUCCGUUCCGUCAUUCCGUCAGUCCGUCAUUCCACCGAAUAGCGUCACCCCAUAUAUUUUAAUGUCCAAGAAAAUACUAAACGCGAGGCUAAUCAUUGGGCCAAGAAUUGAAUCUGUUAGCUACAUUUUAUAGCGCCAGAUAAUAGUCCUUUGAGAAAAAAAAAUGAUAAAAAAAAAACGUAAUUCUUGGGCGUAAUGAACUCAGUUUUCGGAACCAAGAUGUUCCUCGUUCUCGGGAGCAACAGUACUCCAAUAUCUCUCUCUUUUUUUUACUUGAAGGAAGACAUUGGACAUUGACAUGAAUGAUUCUCGCCCGAAAAAAAAAUGUGGGGUCAGAUUUCUUUCAAUAGACCGCUGGCCAGAAGCGUCGACUCGUGACCCCACAACGAUCAGAUCACGCUGAGGCCAAAACGGUGCAACGGUUCGGGAAUUUUUUUUUUAAGUCACCUGGCAUCGCUUGUGAAAAAAUAACAUUACAUUGUUUCACUAAGUGCUUUCUGGCCGCGAAGAAGUUGUGCAUUCGUUUAGAUUCCGCCGCAGUUUAGACAAAUGACGUCAUUGGCCGCUGUCACGCGACGACAUUUUCCAGAUUCAAGUUUCUUCAGCAGAUGGUAAUUUCGAGUUGUUUUCUUUUUCUGCUUAUUUUUCAUCUUCCUUUCUCUUUUAAUUCUACGUCCUUCUACUUAGGAUGGUCUCUGAGCACCUAGCAAGGAUUAAAGUGGCGUUUACCACGCUAUCCACGGCCGUAUUGGCAACAGAGAAGUGUUUCGCCGAAGUAGCAAGAUAACGGUAAAUACUGCAACUUUGAACGCUUUGUACAACGCCAAUAUACUUUGGCCGAAAAAUGUUUUUCCAGAAUCGUAAUCUAUAUCCCUCCCAUGUCUGAUUCAUCACUGUGAUUGCUUUCAACAGCGUUGGACUUUUGAGAAAUAAUUAUUUUAAAAUCAGCUCCAACGCUCCAUCUAAUUUAAUAUGCAAUAUUUGCAAAUUUAUUUUUUGUUCCCUUCGGCAGUUUUUCGAUGUUUAUCGAAUGAUAUUGCAUUAAAAGGCCUUUUUCUUCAUCACUGUGUGGUUUUCUCGUUAUUUUGCGUUGCGAUAGGGAUUUCUGAACCGUUUUUUGCGAGGGCUUAUUUUAGGCCUGAUUGUGCUGCUAUCAGACGGAAAAAGUUUGCGGCUCGAUAUUUUUGGUUGAAAGCGAAACUGAAACAAAAGAAAUUCAUUUUUGAAUAGUAUUCGGUAACCUCUACUUGGGAGAUAAAAAUCGGCCGAUUUUAUUUUUUAGCCGGAAAUCAUCGGUCGUUUCUUAGGCGCAGGGCCUCUUAAAUGCUAGUGUGAAAACUAUGACCCAGCCGCUGCGAAAAAAAAAAACAAGCCAGUGUGGCCAAACGGUUGUCCGUCAAGUGAAAUCUCGAUUUUUCUUACUGUGACUUCUACUGAGUCGAACGCAACUACUUUUUAGAAUGUUUAAAGAGUAAUAAGUUAUUUUUUGUUUUUAGUUAAUUCCAGGAGCACUGCAAACUGCGUUCGAGGAGGAUCUUGAGUUCCGUCAGGGUUUGCCACUGAAUUAUCUCGACUACAUGGGUGUGGCAAAUUCAGAGUUGGUAAGCUUCAGUGGGGUACUGCCGUGUACGGGCUAUAUGGGUAUUUGCUGCUGUGAAGGGUAUGGUUUUCAGGCAGUUUAGUCUGGGAUAGGGAAUACAAAUAAGGAACGUUUUGGUUUAGAAUAGGGUUCACUUUCCAGGAAAGUGGUCAAUGGGUUGAAAAUUUUAGUCUAGAUUAGGGAUACCCUGAAUUAAAACUCAAAAAUUUUGAAUCGGCAAUUUAAAUUUACCUGCAACUCAAUUUAACAGCACAGAAAGCAUCAACCUCCGUAGUUUCUGGAAAACAGCGACUCUAGAAUAGGGAGAGAGUUUGGGAGUUAAGUCCAAGCGGAUAGGGUAGCAAAUUUCAGCUGAAAUAGCUCUGGCAUAUACAUGUAUAGGCUAAGGGUUCCGGGAUCCCGGCGGCACAUCCCCACUCAAAUAUUUCUGAUGCACCCCCGCCCCUGGAGGUUAGCUUCCCUUUAAAUUUAUUGAUAAUCAAGAUGUACUUUAUGCUAAAACUUACGGCUUUGGAGUGCGGAAGGCUUAGUACAAACAAAAUUUAGUUUCCUGUGGUGCGGAUUGUACUUUCUGCGAUAUUAGAGAGCUUAAGCAACCAUUAUGGCGACAGUAACGAGAGCGGCAAAAAGCAAUAAUAUUAGUAAAACAACAACUCUGCACGUGCAUCAAGUUUUUUGUACAUUUCUUUUCCGUCGUUGCACCAAUGCAAUGAGGGUGACUUCCAUUACACCAUUUCCGAGUUUCGAAAUCUCUCACUUUCAAAACAAGGCUUGGUGCAAAAUCUUUUCUUAUCAAUAGCUUCGCACUUAGACUCGCUUUGCAACAGAGGCUUGGGGCAGGUUUUGAUGUUGUGGUUUCUUACCGACUAAGUAGGUUUUCCUUUGCGUUUUUACAUUGUUAGCAUCGCAUAUGACUAUUAUUUCUUAGAAAUUAUUCAUCUUGUCAUUGUUUUAGAACAACAAAGAAAGAACAGACUUCCUCAGGAAGGUCGAGAAACUGAUGAUGAAAUUAGCGUCGCAUGCUCCAGUGGAUGCUGCUGCUGACCAGGUAUACUGCGUGACUUUUGUCUUUACCUUCGACCAAUCCAUGAAGACAGGUAAAGCACAAACUUUAAGACAGUCUUUUCGGCUAACUGCGUAAAAGAGAAAACUACUUGAUAAAUUAUUAACUGCUACUUAGAUGUAUCUAUUUCAAGGAAAAAUAGUCAAAGUGCUUCCUUCAACUUUUUGGCUGAAAAUAAACGAUAGUUUUUGUUGUUCUUCCCUUCUGCAUAGAUGGCUGUUGGCGUCCUUCGUGAUUGCUUACCCCCAGUUUUGACAGCAGGUAAAACAAGAAACCGUGGUAUGACUGUUGACUUCAUUUAAGAAGUAUUUUCCCGCUCAGAUUCCAAUUGUUCUGUUUCGUCGCCCUGGGAGUUUAAACAACGAAGACGACGAAGGUGGCAAAAAAGUGAAUUCAGGCGUUUUCAAAAUUCUUCGCUCUUAUUCCACAUUGUUCAAUUUGUCAAAUUUUGAUGAAUCUUUCUGGAGUUGAAUUCUAAAGGACUGUGUCUAGGUUUAGGUCUUGUGUUUACGUUCUCUACAAAAAGUGAAGUUAAGCAGUUCCACGUCGUGGUCGUGCAGUGACGGUGAAGAAGUGUAAGAAAAAGUAUGAUUCACGUGCACAGUUGUUGUUUUGCUGAUCGAAACCUAUUGCUUUUUUGCCGUUCUUGUUGCGGUCGUCGUCGUUCAGUGCUUAAGUUCCAUAUUUGGGACUUAGGACCUGUUUACAUGGAGGUAGGGAGCCCCAGGCGGGUGAAGUAACCGCUUAGCUGAGGUAACCCGCCUGUCCAUAUAAUCUUUCAUUUCAAUUUGAUCACGUUUAUAGGUGGGGUGACCGUAUGAGAGAUUAUAUGGACAGGCGGGUUACCUCUCCCACCUGGGGUUCCCCAGCUCCACGUAAACAGGCCCUUAAAGAUCCGACGACGCAACGACAACGAGAACGUCAAAAAACAAUUGGGACUGGGCAGGGAUGGCACCUUGUAUGGGACCUAUGAGUCCCGUUCGUGCACAUUCCCUCUGGGCAGGACUGUGUCCAGAAAAGCUGGUAAAUAAAACAACAACUUUGUACGUUCAUUACCCCCUGUUGCCUGUUUUUGCACGACUACGACGUGAAGUUGCCUACUUUUAUGUACUAAGGAGGACGUAAACAAGUGACGACGAAAUUUUAUUUGUUUGUCUGAAAUUGGAUAUGGUUCCUAGAAAUUCAAUUUCAGAGGGGCUCGCCUACAUGUGACAAAGUAAUUGGGUAGCAAUAAUCGCAAUGAAAACUGAAACAAGGCAAAUUCACUUUUGUUCUGUUACCAAUUAAUCAUAACUUUAACAAAAUUUGUAACAUAAUAGGCUAUUUUUUAAAUCAAAACACAAGAAAUUCGAAAUUUUGUUUUGCUAGCAGUGAAAAAAAAAAAGCCCUUUAAGCGCGCGCGUGAUGGCGCGUACUGUCCAAUUACUUAGGCAUGACGCGUACUGUCCUAUUAAACUGUCCAAUUAAGGCUGAAAUCAGGGCAGUUGAUAGCCAAUCAGAUUUGACAAUUUUGUUAUAGUUAUGAUUAAUAUCGUUAUCUUUUCGAAUCGAUUUUUGUUGAGGCUCUCUUUUCCAACUGCUUAAGGAUCCAAUUGUUCAGGGUAUUUUCUCAGAAAACUAUAAUCCUUGCCAAAAACCCUUGGAACACCCAUACAUUUCCGUUUCCCUCUACAAUGCUCAAAUGUGAUUGCAAAGUUAGCGAUAUUUUUCAAAGUGUUUCAAGGUUUCUGUCUGAGAUUGUAACUUUUUGUUUAUGCUGUUGGCUUGUUCUUAGGAGAAACAAGCAAAAGCAUUUUUGGAGGCGAAUCUUCAUGGAACGACGGCAAGAUUUCCGACAAAGUUGCAAUUGACGAAGAGACCGAAGUUAGGAUCAUACGAAAAGGGGUUGCAAGGUACUAACGUUUAAGUAGAUUUCUGUACGCUUAGAAAGCUGACGUCAAAUCUAACUGUACAUCAACUCAAUGUCGUAUAUAGCGUUCUCACUCUCGUGGCCAGUAUCUAUGCAAAUUUAUUGGAAAAAAAAAACCGUUUGCGCGAAAACAGUUCGACUCACACAGGAUUGGUUUUGAACACCAACAUGGCCGCCGUUUCAUUGUUUGGAAACACCAAUAUGGCCGCCAUGACCCCAUGUGAAAACGCUCCAUAGCGCUGUUUUCACUUGCGGAAAAACCCACCCGAAGAUGCUCGAAUGUUGUCCUUCAUCUUUUUGGGGGUAUGCGGUUUUGUUUUCGCAGCGAAUAGGAACUCUAUAUGUUGGGCCAACAUAACUGGACAGUUCCCAUUAUGAUCUCUUGGUUGUGCCUAGAACAAACGAAAAUAAAAGUAGAACUUAAGAUAGAUUUGAUUGGUACCAUGUAUAUACACAAGAUUAAUUUUGUAACAGAAUCUCAUAAGUAAGUGAAAACUCACAUCUUGAUUGGAGGCAAAUGUAUACUUUCAAUAGCGUGCAUGGAAUCGUGGGACUUUUUUAUUCAUUUGGAAUUGAAACGAUAAAUACGUUCGUAAAUUCCCGCAGUUCCCUCAAAAACCAUACCCGAUUCCAGACCAAAAUGAGCAAAGUCUAUGCUUGUUUUCAGACCAAGACAGCGCAAAACCCCUACCCUUUGGGGCAGCACAUAUCUAUAUGGCUUAUAUAAGGGAGAACCCCUCCGGGAUUUUUGUGUUCCAUUUAACGUGGGAUUCCGUAGGAAAUGAAUUUUGUCAGAGAAUCAGUAAGAUCGUCACGUGUCUCUCUAAUAUGGCAAAUAAAAUAAAAGUACAAACUUCGAUAUCAGUAUAGAUGUAAAGCCAUAAUGAACACAUGGAUGUCUAACCUUUUGCUGGCAUUGGAAAAAAGGCCAGUAUCAAUUUGAUAAUUGUUCUUACGAUAUAACUGAGUCUAUUUCCGUUGCUGUCUUUUCAGGCUGGUUGUUGAAGGCGAAGGCGUAAACGUUUAUCAUACAUUGGGAAAUUCUCGAGUGUAUCACGAGUGUGAGCUGGACAGUUUAGAGCUUGGCUUGGAGGUAGAGUAGGAACCUUUUCCUGAUGAUCAGGUUUUCCUUUAUAAACUCCAAAAAAUGGCCUCAUCUUCCUAAGAUACACCACUUGCAUAUCUCCCAUAAUGCACCUUAUUUGCCCCCCCAAAUUUUGCAUAACCUUUGUUUUUCAUUUAUCCUGGGUAUUACAACCGUCCCUAGAGAAAUUGAAAACAACGCUAAUGCAAAAUUUUGGGGGGCAAAUAAGGUGCAUUAUGGGAGAUGUGCAAGUGGCGUAUACCUCUUUUUGGAAAAACCAGAAUUUAAUCAAACAUUUAGGUUAUGUCCAAGAGUCCCUUAUACUCUGUAAAUGCAUACAGCAGAUACAGACUUACCCAUUUUCAAACAUUUGCCACUAGAAACCAGGAGAAAACUGGGCCUAGGUGUUGAUAAAUUGUGCUCGAAAAAGUAGCACAGUAUGCUACUAGCAGUGCUCGCAUAUGUCUAAAAUUAUCCCAGUGAUUAUGCUAGUUUUUUGUAAAUUAUGCUCAUUUUAGACAGAAGUGCAGAACUUGUGGUUCCACUUUUCUCUUUAAAUUUGAAAACAAACACAUUUACCCUAUGUACGUCUAGAAACUUUCACAGUGGGGUUCAUUGUCUAACAACUAUAAAAACUCAAACAACUAACAACUUGCACGCAGACGCCAUUUUUGGAACCAGGCUAAUUAUGCGCAUGCGUUGAGUCCUGUGAAAAGAAUCCUGGGUCAUUUUCUGUGUGAAAAUAACCAGACAAAAAAUUGAUUUCUUACUUAAAUUUGCCUGUGACACUGAUCUCAGGCCAAUAACAUUGGUUGCAUGGUCAAUAAAUUCGAAUAUUUUAUGCUGCAAAACUAGCCAAAAGUGCAAAUUAUGCGAGCAGUGCUUUUUUCGAAAAAUAGAUGAAAAUUAUGCUUGUAAUGACGAAUUAUCCCCCAAAUUAUGCUAGCACAAUCCAUCAAAUCCUGAAUGAGCCACGUUAACUUUCGCAAAGACUUCUGGGACUGUUACUAGAGACAGGGAAAAAUAUUGGCCAAUAGCUGACCGGCGCGUUACUUUCAGUAAGGAUCCCAAAAACAAUUGCGGGAUACAUUUUGGCUCCAGUUACCUUCUCGUUUCGAAAGUAGCAAAUUGUGAUGCACGUGUCAUGCACAUGUAGAGUUGCUGCUUUGUUGUUGUUGUUUUCCCCCCUUAUCAUUGCAUUCGCUUUCAGUCGUUGCGUCAGGUCUGUAUUCGCCGUUUUCAGGGAUUUUCUCAGUGAAUCCAGCAAACUUUUUCAUUUUUUUCCUGUGUUCCUAGGCUGGUCCAGUAAUAGAGGUGAUAUUAAGUCGUUACCCGGAAUAUAUCAAAGUGAAAGAUUUGCCUCAUGAUGAUAAGGACUUCAAAGUAAGCUUUAAAUACCAGUCUCUAGUUUUGUAUUUGUGCUUGCAUGCGCUAAUUAACGUGACCAACAUACACUUGAACACUCUAUCAAGCGGCCACCCUCUAUUAAGUGGUCAGCAAUCAAAGCCCCCGAAAAAACUGUAGAAAAGAAUGCGAAAUUAAACCUCUAUUAAGUGGCGACCUUUUGGUAAGUGGUCAGCAAUCAAAGCCCCCGAAAAAACUGUAGAAAAGAAUGCGAAAUUAAACCUCUAUUAAGAGGCGACCUUUUGGUAAGUGGUCAGCAAUCAAAGCCCCCGAAAUAACUGUAGAAAAGAAUGCGAAAUUAAACCUCUAUUAAGUGGCGACCUUUUGGCCGUCCCUACGAGAGUUCUCCCAUUGUUGUUACCUCUAUUAAGCGGCCAUGAGGCGCUUGAUACACUUAGUUUGGCUUCGUUUUAAGAAAAUGAUAAAGGAAAAUACAGUAUGAGACACAAGGUGGCGACCAAUUGUGGACCAGUAAAUAUGCUUACCCCGCCCCGUUGCACGUUUGUUUCAAAAUAAAGUGAUGUUUGUGCUAAAGAUUCUGCCAAUUUAGGACGAUUUUCUAUUUAGCGGCCAACUUCCAUUCAGCGGCUACUUGCCGGUAUCCCUAGGGUAGCCGCUUAACCCUUUAAGCGCUAAGAGUGAUCAGCAUCAAAUUUCUCCUUGUAAUUUCAAUGCCUUGUAAAACAGAGUGGUUAUGAGAAUUACGGACAUGAUCACACAAGAUGAAUUUGCUUGAUAUUUUAUUAACUUCUCCUCACUACUUCUGUAGGAAAUGAGCAGGGACAACAAUCAAAAAUAUUUUGAUCUUAGGGUUUAAAGGGUUAACGGAGGUUCAACUUUAUUGCUGUAACGCUCAAUGAUUUUUGAUCAUUUCUUUUUUCCACAAAUUGCGAAAGUAAUGGCUUAACCUGUUAGAUGGAGCCUUAUUUUUUAGCCAUAAGUAGAGUUAGCUCUCUGCAAUCAGAUACAUAAUUCUGUAAAAAGAACUCUUGAUCUUCCUUAAACCGACACAAGAGUUGGUCCCUACCGCUUUUAUUACUAAAUCAUAUUGUAAUCAGCCUGUCACGAUUUAACUUCACAAAAGGUUUUAAAAACUUCUAUCGAGCUGGUUUGGAGCUAACUCAAAUUUUGCGGAAAAUUUUAAGUGCCUCAACACCCUCUUAAAAGAAAAUUCUAGUAAAAAUUUGAUAGUUGAUGUGCAUUUUUUUCUCCGGUUUCUCUUUCAGAUCGACUUGGUGACGUUGCUUUACGAAAAAGGAAUCCUUCUCAGAAAAUGAACCAGACACAAAUUGCAUCGUUCCUUACAAGCUGUAUAAACUCGUUGACCUUUUUGCCGCUCUAGACACUCAAUGUGAUAGUAAAGGGAGCCUUUUUCGAAUACACAAGAUGAAGAAGACACUUUCCUUUGUUAAAGCAUGGUGCUUUUUAACUUGUACAACUACGCUACUUUGCGUUUUGUUAUCUGUGUUUAUGAUUAUGGCUUAUUAGCGUUGACCGUGCUCUACAAGAAACCUUUUGGCAAAUAACAAAGGGAAAUAAAUGCAAAGUUCAUCGCAGUGAAAAACGCAGCUUAUGC